ACGCCCUGAAUUGGGGGCGGGCGGCAAAUGAGCAGUGCGGAGCGGACCACGGACGGCCAGCAAAACAGCCGGCUUUGUGUUGCACAGAAGGAGAAACGGAAAUGGGAGCAGUUCCUAAAUGUUAUCCGCGCAGGCGCCCUUAGGACCAGAUCCUUGCCACCUAUAAAAGCCGUUGCUCUGGCCAUUUCCAAGUCAGUUGGUUCGCGGCACUUCUCCGGAAAACUAAAAGCGGGAAAAAGGGAAAAACCAUUCGUGCUUAAGCAUCGAGCUUCGAACUCGAAACUCCAAACACCAAAUUCCAUACUCCGUGUGACGAUGUUGUGGUUAAGCAAUAAAAACUGUAAUUAGUGUGCGCUUGUGGACUCGAACAAUUUAAUUAGCAAACAAUGUGGUGAAGAGUGCAAAAAUAAAUAAACAAACAUUUCGGAAGUGGAAAAAACUUAACUUACAUAAAACAACAUUAAUGAAAUGCAGUUUCCGAAUGGUGGUUAGUGCAACAAAAUCGACCACAAAGUAAACUAAUUUGCGUUUGGCAAUAUAAUUCGCAUUCCAAUCAGAUUACAAGCCUAAAUACUUGUGUGAUUUGGCAUUAAUCGGGCGAACAAGUCUUUGAUAAGUUAAAAACUAUAUAUUAAAAUAAGUGCUGGUCGAUUUGUGGUUGAAAAAACGUCACAUGUUUACUAAAAAAUUGCAUUUAGUGGAUUUAUUUGAGAUAAAUAGUGAAAAAAUAAAAUAUUGUGGUAUAACACGUUAAAUUUGAUUUAUACUUGACACUGUUUUAAUUAACAACAGUUCGAAAUUGGAUACUUCAAAAGCAGCAGAAAAAGUAAUAAUCAGUCAUCUAGGCCAGCGAUGAAUGCAGGUGGUGCUGUUUAAGUGCCACUGGUCUGGAGAGGGGCAGCCAGAUCCCAGUGGAAUCAGAGCCGGAACGUGACUUUUGCCGAAAGUAAAUUGAGCCACCGCAGCGAUAAAGGCUGCCAUGUCAACCAGCGAGUGUCGCUAGGAUACUCGUAGAGAUAAAGGACAAAUGGCGGGGUCCAAUGCAGGUGCCCGUGCCCUCGUGAUGAGCCCCGAUGACAUCUAUUCGCGGGUACCGCCCAUCCCUCCCCUGCUCCUGGUCCUGAUGCUGCAGUUGCUGACCUCCGCUGCAGCCAGUCCGGUGCCCAAUCCAUGUGCCCACAAGGGCAUGUCCGAGCUGAUUCGCAGCAGCCCGGUGAUUGUCAAGGCCCUCGCCGCACGGGUCUUUGCCGACGAGCUGCCGGGGCUGACGGGCCACGAGGAUACGAUUUUAAUAACAUUAACGCCGGAAACUAUAUACAAGGGCGCCUCCCUGCUGAAGGUGGCCAACGGCGGCGGCGAUGCCAAGGACCCACUGACCCCGCGAGCCGGUGGAGGACCCAUGUCCUGGAGUUGGGGGGGCUACAAUGCAGCCCCCAGCAGCAGCGGCGGUCGCUCAUGGAGCGGCGCUGAGUCAGCCUUUCAGUACGAAGGGCAGCUCAAUGCCACCCUCCAGCCACUGCGUUGUUUCGAUAAUAACAUGCUGAAAAUGCUGCCGGCGGAGUUAAUUGCCUUUGGCAAACUGCUGCCCGCCUCGGCAUCCUCUGCAUCCUCAGCAUCCUCCAGUCCUGCAGCCCGCCAGUUGCAACGACCGCCCGUGGGCGGCGCCAGUGAUGUGCUCCAAAUCAGCGUCAACGGCCUGCAUCGCUGGACGCCGCAGUUCGAGAAUCAUAUCUGGAAGCAUUUGGGCUGGGACGACUGGAGCGACUUCACCUUGUGCAGCGUCACCUGCGGUCAGGGUGUGCAGCAACGCUUCCGGCGUUGUCUGCUGGACAAUCCGCUGGUGGACAUGAACAUGAACAUGAACCUCAACCUACAGGACGAUGACGAGGAUGACGAGAAUGAGGCUGAUGCAGAUGCAGAUGCCGAUACAGUUGCAGGGAGUGAGGACGAUAAUGCCGCAAAUGAGCUGACCGUGUCCAAGGGGGCAGACGACUUCAGCGAUGGCAAUAAUGAUUUGUUCGCCGAUGACGGGGAUGAGAACGACCUGCUCAUAAUGCGAGCAAGUGGCGACGAGUCAUUGCAUAGAUUUGACCAAACGACCACGAUAAUGCCACAGUCCAGAGUCCAUGUCCAUGUCCAUUCGCAUCCGAAUCCGAAUCCAAGUGCUACGGCACCUAUCCCCAUGGGAGAAACAAGAGGCGGUAAUGAACCACUGCAAGCAGAUGGAGGAGGAACAGAUGAAAGUGUCAGCUUUGUGAUGAGUGCAGGAGCAGGAACUGCAGGAGCAGGAACGGGAACGGGAAAGGAAACUGAAGCUGGAGCUGGAGCUGGCACCAGGAAGGCACGUGCCAGCAAUCAGCACAAGAAACGCAAACCAACCAAGAGCGUGGCUAUGUCCACGUUGCUCUGCGAGGGCUACAACAUCGAGCAACGCAACUGCAACAGUUUCGAGUGCAGCGAUGACAUAAGUGAUCUGCUAAAAUUCUACAAGAAGCUGCCGAUGAGCGAGGAGCUGCCCACCCAGGCUUCGGAAGCCUCAUCCUACCCAGAUCCCUAUUCGAAUGCGGAUCUCACCACGGCGGGGCUAAUGGGCACAGCCUUCAUUCCAACGCCCUCGACGCCUUUUAAUAUGGGCUACAUUCGAAGCUGGCGGAACUUGCUCAACUUCACGCUGAUGGUCACGCUGAGGGCGAAGAACGAUACCAAGAGCACGGCGACCAUCUUCUCCAUCCGCAACGCCACCCACAAUCUUUAUCUGGAGGCCUGCAAGGACGGCCUGCGAUUGUAUCUGGAGCGGGACAAUACGACGGAAAUGUUGCCGGUGAAAUUCAAUUUAUACGAUUAUCGCUGGCAUCAAGUGGCCAUCAGUAUACAGAAUGGCGAUUUCAUUUCGAUUUACGUCGAUUGCGCGUGGACCAACAGUUUCGUUGUCUCCAAGCGACUGUUCACGUUGCCCAUGGACGCGGAUGUGGAAAUUGGACGCGGCUUUAAUGGGGAACUGCAGCAACUACUCGUCCUGCCGGAAAACCAGGAGCGGCUGCAGUGCAGCAACAAGCGAACCUCCAUCAACGAGGUAAAGCGCUACAUCAUCGACACAUUCAUCGAGGACUACAAUGGCAACUGAGCCAAAUGCCAAUCGACCGAAUGCCACUGAAUAUGCAUGCGAAUAUGCGUAUAUUAGAUUGCGGCAAAUCCAAACAAAAGCCGAUUACAAAUUCACCAAAUCAAAACUGCAUAGAUUUAUAAUUAUUCAUUUGAUUUGCAUAUAUAUAUAAGGGCAAAAAGGUAUGUACAACUACACAUACGAAUAUUACGCAUACGCCAUGUGAUUUAUGCGCUAACGAAGAGCGCACUCCACCACACAACCCAUAAGCAGUCAGUAAAAUUCGAUUAUGGGCACAAUGUGGGUAUCAUUUUCACCAAGAAGAAUGUGCUCCGUAUUUGUAAUGAUUAAGCUAAUUUGACGGAAUACAAUAAUUGUAAACGCAGAAAUGAAUUCAGUUUGCCAAACGGAAGGCGAAUGCUAAACAAAAAACAAACAAACAGAAUAUAACGCAACUAUGUAUAUGGUAAAAA